GCUCUUGUUUCAGUUUAGUAGCGCAGUGAAGACGGGGAGAGUUGGCUAUCGCUGCACAUCGGAAUAGUCUACAUAUAUCUACAGUCUUCUAUCGUUUAUAAUUUUUCUGGAAAUGAAAUUUAUGAAUUAAGAUUGAAGACUGAAUCCAGCCAAAAUGACGGUGGAUUUUGAAGAAUGUGUGAAAGAUUCACCCCGGUUCAGGGCGAACAUUAAUGAAGUGGAGACGGAGGUUGUGGAGAUUGAAGUGAAACUAGACAAGUUGGUGAAGCUAUGCAGUGGGAUGAUCGAGGCAGGGAAGGCCUAUGUCAGCGCCAACAAACUCUUUGUGAACGGGAUCCGGGACCUGUCCCAACAAUGCAAGAAGGAUGAGAUGAUAUCGGAGUGUCUGGAGAAGUGUGGGGAGAGCCUCCAGGAAAUAGUCAACUACCACAUGAUUCUGUUCGAUCAAGCCCAGAGAUCUGUGAAGCAGCAGUUACACACCUUUGUGAAAGAGGAUGUCCGUAAAUUCAAGGAGACCAAGAAGCACUUUGACCGUGUGCGUGAGGACUUGGAGAUAGCCCAGGUGAAGAACGCCCAGGCCCCCAGGAGCAAACCUCACGAGGUGGAGGAGGCCACCGGUACACUCAGCAUCACCAGGAAGUGUUUCCGACACCUGGCCCUCGACUACGUACUUCAGAUUAACGUCCUUCAAGCCAAGAAGAAGUUUGAGAUCCUAGAUGCUAUGCUAUCCUUCAUGCAUGCCCAGUACUCCCUCUUUCAGCAGGGCUACAACCUGCUGGAUGAGAUUGACCCCUACAUGAAGAAGCUGGCUGCUGAGUUGGAUCAGUUGGUGAUUGACUCGGCCAUGGAGAAGAGGGAUAUGGAACACAAGCACGCCACCGUACAGCAGAGGACUCUCAUGCAGGACUUCUCGUAUGACGACUCAAAGGUGGAGUUGUUCAACGUGGACGCUCCCAAUGGCGUGGUGAUGGAGGGGUACCUGUUCAAGAGGGCCAGCAAUGCUUUCAAGACCUGGAACCGGCGGUGGUUUUCCAUCCAGAACAGUCAGCUGGUCUAUCAGAAGAAGCUGAAGGAUUCCCUGACGGUGGUGGUGGAGGACCUCAGGCUUUGCUCUGUCAAGCCCUGUGAGGACAUCGAGAGGAGGUUCUGCUUCGAGGUUGUCUCCCCCACCAAGAGUUGUAUGCUCCAAGCGGAGUCAGACAAGCUUCGGCUAGCCUGGAUCCAAGCAGUGCAGGCCAGCAUUGCCUCGGCAUACAGGGAGAGCCCAGACUACCAUUAUGUCGAGCGCCUGGACAGGACCGCCUCGCCGUCUGUCAGCAGUAUCGACUCGGCCAGUGAGCCUCGGGAGCGUAGCAUGAGGGGGGAGAGUAUUCUGCACCGCAUCCAGUGUCUCCCGGGCAACGAGUAUUGCUGUGACUGUGGCCAGGCUGACCCGCGCUGGGCCUCCAUCAACCUGGGCAUCCUGCUUUGCAUCGAGUGCUCCGGCAUCCACAGGAGUUUGGGGGUUCACUGCUCCAAGGUGCGCUCUCUAACGUUGGACUCAUGGGAACCUGAGUUACUCAAGUUAAUGUGCGAGCUGGGAAACAGUGUCAUCAACCACAUCUAUGAGGGAGCAUGUGAGGAGCAGGGCCUGAAGAAACCAGGGCCCUCAAGUUCCAGGCAAGAGAAGGAGGCGUGGAUCAAAUCUAAGUACGUGGAGAAGAAGUUCCUGAAGAAGUUGGGGGCCACCGAGGUGCUGGUGAACGGCGGGCGAAAGUCAGCGCGCCGGUGGAGUGUGAAGAAGUGCCGGAGACACAACAGUGCCACCACAGUGCCCAAGACUCGACGGAAAUAUCGCCAGGAGCUUGGUAGCGCCUCCCCUGCCACCCUCUCCUCGGCGGCUUCAGCUCUAGAGAGGAAGUUCCGGCGAGAGUCACUGUUUUGUCCAGAUGAGCUGGACAACCUCUUCUCUUACUUCGACACGGGAUCUGGGCCUCGUAGUCUGAGCAGUGACAGUGGCCUGGGGGGCAGUACAGACGGCAGCACAGACAUCCUAGUGUUCGGCUCAGUGGUGGACAGUGUCACAGAGGAGGAGCGUGAGGUGUCAGAGGACUCUAGCGGAGAGGCUGAGAUGGAGCCGGAGCCUGAGACCCAGUCGGACCCAGAGGAUAGGCGUGAGCUCCACCCUGGGGCGCUGCUCUACAAGGCCUCCCAGGCACGCAACCUGCCCGUCAUGGCCGAGGCCCUGGCCCACGGGGCUGAGGUCAACUCCAUCAACGACGAGGAUGAUGGCAAGAGCCCACUCAUACAGGCUGUGAUUGGGGGCUCUUUGAUAGCCUGUGAGUUCCUGCUCCAGAAUGCAGCUGACGUCAACCAAAGAGACGCAAAGGGGAGGGGGCCACUGCACCACGCCACAUAUCUGGGACACACAGGGCAGGUGUGUUUGUUCCUGAAGAGAGGAGCCACGCAGAACGACGGGGACGACGAUGGCCAGGACCCUCUGAGUAUCGCUGUGCAGGCAGCCAACGCAGACAUCGUCACCUUGUUGCGUCUGGCCAGGAUGAACGAGGAGAUGCGGGAGUCGGAGGGACCGUUCGGCCAGCCAGGUCAAUACCCCACCAGCAGCCCCACUGAACAGCAGUAUAAGAAAUGCAUACAAGAGUUUAUCUGUCUCAACAUAGCUGAGUGCUAGAAGUCAGUCACACUUCCUGGUCCAGUUCAGUCUUUCCCUUUCUGGUCAUGGUUGGAGGGGAAGCCAAUAGCAUACCAGGUCUGUGGCGGGACAGGCCUGUCGGGAAUCUUGUGCAGGAAGGAACGUAGUCCAAAACACACAUUUCUCUACCAGAUUCCCUACACGCUGCUGUCCCUCCCAGCUUUAUGGUUCUUCUCUUAAAAAACCUGUUUCACCCAGUGCUGCAGACUAACAUUGUUCAAACGAGGCCAGACCAGAAUAUGCCAACUACUAUUCCUUAUCAACGGCAUAGGAUGUCAGUAUCAUUAACUCUUAUCAUGAUGUCAAAACUGUACUGUUGACUUGGACUGGCAACAUUUAGUUCAGAGUUAGGUCAUUUGUCAACAAAUGGUUAGGGACCAACUUUAUAAUCGACUUUCUAAGUGAAUUUAAAUCAUAAUGUAACCUAACUAAUAACCAUGUCAAGUGGAUUAAUUCAGCUGCUCUUUAUUCAUUUGGAGAGGGGACAGGUGUUUGCGUGCGGUUUUCAAGGUAGGUUAGUGUGCUCCGAACCAAAGACCAGAUCAGACCAAUAUGCUGCACGAUACUUUCAUCAAGCUACUCUGCCUGCUCAUGUAACAAUACCAAAGCAGCACAUGGGUAGUCUUGUCAAGGGUAUAAAAACAGACCUUAAUUUCAAGGCCUGUAAAGUUGUUGUCGUUCUAGCUUGUCGGUUCUGCUCCAGCUGUGUUGUGUUGUGGCAUGAGGUGGUUCUUCAGUACACGCACACUGUGUGAAAAAAAAGAGGCGUGUACUUGUGAAUUUCAUUAUGGUGAUUAGCCAGCAUAACAAUGAAGCUAAGGAACAACUGUGAUUGAGUGUAGAUGAUAUGGAUUAUUUUAUCAUUUCAUAGAUUUUUAAAGCAACAUUAUGCACUUUUCCUACCAACAAUGAUUUGAAUUUAAUUUAGUUACUUUUCGGUAUUUUCAUUUAGUAGUGUAGGUUUUCUCCCUUAAUUUAUGAUGAACUGCCCAGAGCAAUAGUGCAAUGAUAAUUUAAAUACAGAUAAUCUGUAUUUUUUUGUAUUAAUUUUAUCAAUACGAUGCAGAUGGUAUUUUUUUAACUGGAUAUAUUUUGUUAGGUUUUAUUUUCCUGAGCACUCACACGCACAAGGCCAGUUAACCUUCACUGUCAUUUCUUCACCUCUCUUCUUGGAAAAGACAACCACAACUCACAAUCUUAUAAUAGAAAAUGACCGAGAUUUACCUUAAACUGCGAUGAGAUGGAAGUUUUUUUUUAUAUAUAAUAUGAAAACUCACAUGUAUUGGGUACAGUAUUUGUAUAUGUUUGUCGAAAAUAUUGACUUAUUAUGGUAUUCUGAUGUAUUAUGGCUAUACAGUAUUAGAUUAGUUCUGGGUUUCGUGGUUGAAUAGUGCAUGGGUUGCCGGUGCCCAGGUCUUUCAAAGCCAUGUUGGUUUCGUUUACUUCAUUAAUCUGUGUAUGGUAAUAUUUUAUAUAUUGUUAAAAGAAAAUAACUGCGUGAUAUGCUGCCAAAUCAUGACAUAAAAAGACAUUACAGAUCAGUUAGAUCUGUGGUCUAUAAUCAAACUGAAACUAAAAACGGAUAUAUUGGAUAGAAUACCCCAUAAUAUACAGGCAUAGUUUCCCAGGCCUAUGAGAACUGGAGAGAAAGAUUGGUCCAUGCAAAUAUCCCAGCUUUCCCUCUAGCUCCUCUGAAUACCAACAGAAUACCCCCUCCUCUGUAAGCACUGCCCGUGUACACACUAUACAUGCCGUGUGUACAUAGCGAGAGGGUGACCACAGUGCCCAGGUUUAAUUUGAUACUGUGCAGUUGCUUACUACCAUUUUGAAAUCAUCUUAAACAGGAAAUGUAAUUAGUUGUAGUCGCUUAAGGCUAGUAACAACUUAUGCUUAAGGCUAGUAACAACUUAUGACCACACAAAGUUCAAGUCAUUUGAGGAGAAAAUAAUGAGUAGAAAAGAAGACGAGACCAAGAGUAGUGACUCUUAUGAAAUAUCUGGGAAACAAUGUUAUGACUAAACAAUGCCGAUGAUUUGCAUCAAGCCACUAAAAAGGUUUACAUGUUGUACAGUGUAUGAGUCAGUGGAUUGAUUAAACUAUUGGUUGACUAGGUGACUGUUCUGCUGUAAAUAUGCUAAAAACUAUUAACACUUAACUGCUUGCUUCUAUCUUCUGUAUUUUCAUUUUUGUGUUUCUGACUUAAAUCUGUACGUUUUCUUUGUAUAUUGUUAGAGAACACGUGUCUCUGGAUAUCUUUGUGCAAGUUACACUUACUGCUACCGUUUUAUGUUCAUUCCCUUUUCCUAAUAUCUUCUAAAAUGAGAAAAUACUGAAAAUAAAUUAAAGAUGUGAUUCAAAGCCUGA